AUGGCAGCGGAAGUGAAAUCAGGUGAUUUUAGAUUAAAGUUCUUGAUGACCAUGAAAACAAUGCAUGGCUGGAGUGUCUUACAGAAAGCUUUAGAGAAGAAAAGCAAGGCAGCGAGACAGAAGAUCCUGACUGAGUCCUUCCACCAGAAGGAAUUAGAAAUGGCUGUGGAGAUAGCAUGCAAACUAGGAAUGUUAGGAGCUGUGCAGUUUCUUGUGGAAAAAUGUGACAUUGAUGUGGAAAAAAUUAAGAAUGCUUGUGUGUGGUCUGCAGCAAGUGGAAGGCACUCCAAUAUUGUGAAGUAUUUCAUUGAAAACCUUUCUGUUGAUGUUAAUCUGCCAAAUGACAAAGGAAUGGCAGCCAUACAUUUUGCUUGUGUUUCAGGAGAUGAACAUUUAGUGGAGUAUCUAGUCAGCAAAGGAGCCAGACUAACAGACACUGAUAACAAAAAUGUCAAUUGUCUUAUGGCUGGGGCUUGGGCAGGUUCUGUGAAAAUUUGUGAAAUGGCCAUAAAAGCAGGAGUGGAUGUUAAUGCCAAGAACAGCAGUGAUGAACACAUUCUUCACGGAACUAUCCGACAGGGAUUCAAUGUGGACGAAAAUCGUCUACAUGUCAUUGACUUCUUGGUGAAGGCAGGAGCAAAUGUAAAUAGUGUAAAUGCUGCAAACAUACCGGUGGUCAUAUAUGCUGCUCUUACAUUCAAAUCUUGCACAAAAACUCUCGGGUAUUUCCUGAAGCACCCACAAGUGAACAUGCGUGAUAAAAUUGAUGCUAUGAAAUAUGGAGGAGCAUUCUUGAUUAGCACAGGAAAUUCAAAAAGAGGAUUCAAAUUUUGGACUAGAGCUGUUGAGCUCCAGGAGAAAUUGAAAUUUGCAGAAGAUGAGAACAACAACUCUGCACCGUGUCAUAGUGAUUUUUCAUCCUAUGAGCCAACAUGCAUUGAAGAUAUCCACAGAAUGAAGGAAAAUCCAGUUCGACCAAUUUAUUUCAUGUUUGCACUUUUAUCUAAGCUUCAUGUGAAAUAUAGUUAUAAUUGCAUACCAUGCCUUGAAGGAUUGACUGAUGUGAUUAUUUCACUCGGGUGUUAUAGUUUCUUUCUUGAGGUGUUUGCUUUCACCUUUCUGCACACCUUCUCAAACAAUGAAAAUGUGGAUGCAAUUCCUGGGUAUGAAAGUGCAUUCAGGACCAUCUGUGUCAUAAUAGCUUGGAAGGAAAAGAAGGGAGAUGAAAUUUUCCCAGAAGUGUUGGAAUUUUUUAAGAAAAUGACUCGUGGUUUUGAAAUGAAACAGCCUUGCUGCAAGAAGAUAAUGGAGGAUGAAGCAGAGGAGAUUUCACAAACAGAGAGAGAUCUAAGGGCCAUCAUUGCUCAUGCAAUUGAUCUUUUCUGUCCACCUGGUGAAGAAGAUGAGGACAGUGAUUCGGAUAGUUGCUCCUAUUAUGGCGACUAUAAAGAUGGAAAACAGAGAAAUAUGUACAUGAAACUGAUGAUGCAACUGAGUGCUCUGAUUCUUGGCAUUUUUCCCACCCAUAGAGAGGACUUCCUGCCAUGUCUUUAUAAACUUCUGGAAACAAAGUUCAGGGAUGAAAAACGAGUGACUUUCCUCCACAUUGCAAUAGAAUGCAUGGACACCUCUCAAGAUUAUCAUGCGGAUGAGGAAACUCAUGCAGAACUUGUGAAGAUUCUGAUAGAAAAUGGAGAAGAUGUAAAUGCCACAGAUAACUACCUCUGCUCACCUGUACAUGAGCUCGCUUCAGUUGUUCAUUGUGAAAACCUAAGUCUUGUUCAGGAAAUAGUGGAUUUGAUGGUACAGCAUGGGGCUCACUUGGACAUGAGAAAUAAGCUUGGUUGGUCAGCGCUGAAUGAUUUGAUUGAUAGUGAAGUAAAAGUGAAUCCUGCAGCAAAUCAGACACUCCAGUGCCUGGCAGCUGAAGUUAUCAUGGAGGAGAAUCUGGAUUACCAAAGUACCACUCCAAAAGCCUUGUGGGAUUUCAUUCAGCAGCAUGAUCCAGAGGAACGUAUGGACGAGUGUAAGAUUCCAUAUGCCUCCACUCUCUACAGUCAAGAACGAUUCUGGUGUAAUGUAGAGGAGCAUGUGUGUGAUGUAUAAUAAAGCUGAACCUCAGGAAAUGAAGGGAUCCACCCCGAGACUGCACAGGAUGUUUUCAAAGAAUCAAAAAGGAAGGACUAAAGAGUUUUAAUGAGAAGAAAAACUUGAGCUUUGCUCUGCAAAAACUUGUCAUGAUUGUUUUCUCUUUUAUGAUUGUAAGAGAUGCUGUAAAAGCUAGUAUCAAGGUUUCUGGUUGCUAAGUAUGUUUCCAUCUUUUAACUAAUGGCUUGUUAUGAUCUUUAGCCAAUUUUAAAUGUUUUCAAUUUUAUUUCUUCUGUUGGUAUUUUGAAAAUCUGAACCAUGUUUUACAGUUAAGAAGACGUUACAUUUUGACAAUUUUAUAGCUGAGACAAUAGCAAACUAUGGAGAUGUACUUUGAAAUUGAAAUAAGGAAAUCACUCUUUUUUUUUUAGUCAUACUAACAAUAACAUCUGUAUUUCGAUCUAGAAAUUCUCAUUAAAUGGUUUGAACAUAAUUUUAUAAGGGUUAAAUAUCCAUUGCAUCAAGGAUAACAAGAAUAGAUAUGGGUUUCCCCAUAUUCAAAGAUAUUCUACUUUUAGAUUUAAUAUGUUUAAUAGUGUUUAAUGACUUUUAUAAAAUAAU